ACGCCACCCGGCACGCCACCCGACACGCCACCCGACACGCCACCCGACACGCCACCCGACACGCCACCCGGCACGGCACCCGGCACGGCACCCGACACGCCACCCGACACGCCACCCGGCACGCCACCCGGCACGCCACCCGACACGCCACCCGACACGCCACCCGACACGCCACCCGACACGCCACCCGACACGCCACCCGACACGCCACCCGACACGCCACCCGACACGCCACCCGGCAUGGCCGAGCCGCUGGCGAGCAGCGAGGAGAACUGCCGGCGCAUCGCGCGCAUCGAGAGCUGCUUCGGAGCGGCGGGACGGCCGCUGAUGGCGCCGGGCCGGGUGCUCGUGGGCGAGGGGACGCUCACCAAGCUGUGCCGCAAGGGCCCCAAGCCGCGGCAGUUCUUCCUGUUCGACGACAUGGUGGUGUACGGCGCCGCCGUGCUGGGGAACCGGCGCUACGCCAACCAGCGCGUGCUGGCGCUGGAAGCCGUCACCAUCUGCACCCUGCCGGACGAGGGCGAGCUGAGCAACGGCUGGCUCAUGCAGACGCCCGCCAAGUCGUUCAAAGUGUUUGCCGCGACGGAGUCGGAGCGCGCCGAGUGGAUCGGCCACAUCGAGCGGUGCGUGCGCGAGCUGCGAGCCAAGCGCGGCCUGCCUCCCCUGCCGGCGCCGUGCAAUUCGCCGGGCCCCGGCGGCGCCGGCGCCUCCUCCGCGGCGGCCGCGUCUCCCGCCGACGGCUUGGAGCCGGCGGCGUGGUGGGUGCCCGACUCGUCGGCUUCGGCGUGCAUGCGGUGCCAGCGCUCGCGCUUCAACGCCCUCAACCGGCGGCACCACUGCCGCAAGUGCGGCAUCGUGGUGUGCGGCGCCUGCUCCGACCGGCGCUUCCUGCUGCCCGGCCAGUCGUCGCGCCCGCUGCGCGUCUGCAUCGACUGCUUCGACUCCCUCGCCGCCGCCGCCGCCGCCGCCGCCGUGACGGCGCCGGCCGGGCCGCUCUCCUCCUCCUCCUCCUCCGCCGCCGACGACCUGGUGGGCAGGGUUGCCAAGGUGACGGUGGCAAAUGGCAACCGGGGAUCGUCCGGCGCUGCGGAGGAAGGCCGGCCGGCGGUGUCGCGAGGUCGCCGCGGCGACAGCUCGAGGACCUCCAACGGAACGCAGGACUCCGACGAGGACGAUGACGACGAUGACGACGGUGGUGACGGCGGUGACGGCGGUCGAGGGGGUGGCAGCGGUGAGGAUUGGGCAGAUAGAAGUCCCAUUGGCAAUCACACUGGGUUCUACUCAUGAGGCUGUAGGUGAGAGGCUAUUGGGGUGAGGGUGUAGUGGUGCGACUGUUGGAGUGUGACUGUAGGUGAGUGAGACUGUGGGUGUGUGAGACUGUGGGUGUGUGAGGUUUCGGGUGAGUGAGGCUGUAGGUGAGGUGAGGCUGUAGGCGAGAUGAGGCUGUAGGCGAGGUGAGGCUGUAUUCAACAGGGUUGUACUGAACAGGGCUUCAGGCAAGUAGGGCUGUAGCCUUAUUACUUCCGACCCUGGCUAUGUGAAACUUGCCGCUAUAAUCGUUGCUCUCUAUACGAUGCUGUGUGUACUCUAAAUCAACCCACGUGGCUUAGCACUCCCCAGCAUGACUGUACACCUCGUAUGCAUUGUGAUUGUCUUUAGUUUGUGAUGAUGAUGAUGAAGAAUAAUAAUUGACUGUUGCACUUCUGUACUGAAUUAGACAGAGUCUGUGCUACCGGCUACUGUGUGAAACCUCUGUACACUCUUGCAGCUAUGCAGUGCCAUUGGCAACUAAUCACUACAACCAAAGUUAACGCUGUCCAAACGACUAACCCUUUGCCUCCGUUCGAAGUGCAGUCGUCCAGCGUGAGCGUUUCGUGGUGUGUCACCCGGAGUAACGCCCCAAACCUGGAUGGGCGGCGCUUGGAUGGGUGACCCCGCCACCGUGCGUACCUAGCAGAUUGGCAGAGGGGGGGGGGGGCCUUGCGGGGGCUGCGUUGUGGGCAGCAGAGGGCGGUGAAGCAUCAUCCGUUGUUGGUACUCCACUCUGCCCACGUCAACAACCCUCUCCACCGCUCCCCACCACCUCCACAAACCCAUGAAGAGUGGCCACGUGACCCCCACGACCCCGCACGGCGAUCGUGGGGGAGGCCUUCGUCCAGCAGACGGUCAACGAGAGAGCUGUGGCGGUGUGCGUGAUGCUCCAUGCGAGUGUGCAGCAAAGUGGCAGUGCACGUGCGUGCGUACGUAGGUGCACGUGCGUGCGUGCGUACGUAGGUGCGCGUGUUGAACUUUCUGUUUUAGCACCGCCCGUAUGCCGCCAUGCUAAUCAGAGGCGCGGGGAUGAUGCCGGUUUGUUGAGGGUGCAGCAAUGCCGGCGGUCGUCUUUGUGUGUGGGUGGUUUUGUUUAUUUGUUUGUCGCUUAAUUAAAAGCGGUGUCGUCUGAAUCGGGAGCCGGGCGGUCCGUGGAUGUAAAGCACCGCCCCCUCGUGGCUCGGAAACGUCGGCGUUUUUUCGCGAGAGGACAACGCGGCUCAAAACGCAACGGCUCCUUUACCUUGUAGCCACGCACGGUACCGGAAGUCUGAAGCCUCCGCUGAUGAGAACAACAACAACAAAAAGCGUUUUCGAGUCGCCCGUAGUAAUGCCGCGACGAAUUGGAGACUGCACGGGGAGGCCGGCCUGGUGGACUCGGAAGUCCGGAGGUGCCGAGCCAGCACGGCCGAGCUCCUGGCUUCAGUGGGACUCGAGGUUUCAGCCGCCCGCCGUUGAUUGAACCGAUGGCGUUGGCUGUGCCAAAAGAAACCAACCGUGGCCACCUUAGGUCGUGCAGCUACGAGGUAAGGGAGCCGGCCACGUCCUUUUGCGUUGCGUCUCCCUUGAGGCGGCACGCGAUGCCGAACUACUACUGAUCGAGCACACUGACUUGGCACUCGCAGGGGCAGUGGUGUAGCGGUGGUUGUAGCGUGGGUGCUGGCGCAAGGAGUUAAAUGGGGCCACCCCCACCGGGUCCAAUUUCCUCCCCCUCCUUAGCCUGGGCCGCUGUGCAGUUGCACCGCCUGUGCACUCGAUAGCCACGCCACUGCCCGUCGUCCAGCGUGUGCGCACGUAACCCUGUAGAAUGUUUGCCCUGUGGAAUGUACUCGUUCACUAACUGUUAAUUGAUGCUAAUAAUAAUAUGAUAUACUGCUUUACGUUAAACGGUCUGUAUUGGCAUGUUUUGGUGUUGGCACUGAAGCAUGUGGCUGAAUGUAUAUAUUAUAUCUUUUUUAAAACACACACACACACUUGUCCCAGUACUGUAAUGGGCGGGGGGGGGGGGCGCGCUGUCCACCGGCGUCUCCGCGGCUUGGCCUGGUGUAGCGGUGAUGAAUACCCUUUGGGCUUGCUCUCCGAGCGCGCGUCCUACGGUCUAGUUGUCGUAUUACUGUCAGUGUCGUGACCGUCGCCCCCGUUGUCCAAGUGAAAUAAAAGGGCACCUGCUGCGA